CAUCUUUACGCGCCUGUGGCCGAACCAACCGUGGCAGCUAUUGGGAUGUCGGGGCGGAGCCCAGGACCGCCGGGAAACGAGGGCGGGCCGGACGCAGGUGAAGAGGCGGGGCCUGGGCGGAGCUGGCCGUCCCGACGAGGGCGGGGCCGCAGACGGGCCCCGGACUGCUCUUCCUUGAGGUGGGAACCGCAACUGGUCACUUCAGUCUGGGCUUCGGGAGACCUCGGUAUCAGCGCCAUGAAUGAGGCAGAAGGGCUGCGGCAGCGCCGGCCCGUGCGGGCUCAGGUCGUCACUGAGGACAACCAGGCGCAGGAGGCCAAGCAGGGCAGCACUUAUAGCAGUAGAGUUUUCCAGAUGACCUUUAUGAUGCUAGCAGCGUCCCUUACCAUUCCGUUGCUUGGGGCAAUAACUCUUCUGAAUUGCCCCAUUGAUCCUCAACCACUCAGUUUCAAAGAGCCUCCCUUCCUACUUGGAGUUCUGCGACCAAAUGUGAAGUUGCAACAGGCAGAAAAGUUAUUUGAAAACCAGCUUAUUGGUCCAGAGUCCAUAGCAAAUAUUGGUGAUGCUUUGUUUACUGGCACUGCUGAUGGUCGGGUUGUAAAACUUGAAAAUGGAGAAGUAAUCACAAUUGCCAGACUUGGUAAAGGCCCUUGCAAAACCAGAGAAGAUGAGCCUACUUGUGGGAGGCCUCUUGGCAUACGAGUUGGACCUAAUGGUACACUUUUUGUGUUAGAUGCUUACCAGGGAAUAUUUGAAGUGGAUCCCAGUACAGGUAGAGUGAAACAUCUCUUGUCUUCCCAAAUACCCAUUGAGGGAAAGAAAAUGUCAUUUGUGAAUGAUCUGACAAUUACUCAAGAUGGGAGGAAAAUUUAUUUUACGGAUUCUAGCAGUAAAUGGCAAAGACGAGACUUUCUGCUCUUGGUUAUGGAGGGUACAGAUGAUGGACGAUUGCUAGAAUAUGAUACUGUAACAAGAGAAGUAAAGGUUUUAAUGGAGGGAUUAAGGUUCCCUAAUGGAGUCCAGCUGUCUCCUGCUGAAGAUUUUGUUCUGGUGGCAGAAACUACUAUGGCAAGAAUAAGAAGAUUCUAUGUGUCUGGGCUCAUGAAAGGUGGGGCAGACAUGUUUGUGGAAAACAUGCCUGGUUUUCCAGAUAACAUUCGACCAAGUAGCUCUGGAGGAUACUGGGUCGCCAUGUCAACUGUUCGACACAAUCCUGGGUUUUCUAUGAUGGAUUUCUUAGCAGAAAAACCAUGGAUUAAAAGAUUAAUUUUUAAGCUAUUAAGUCCGGAAACAGUGUUGAAGUUUGUGCCUCGAUACAGUCUUGUCUUGGAACUUGGAGACAAUGGAGCCUACCGAAGAAGUUUACAUGAUCCCAAUGGACUGGUUGCUGCCCACAUUAGUGAAGUGCAUGAACAGGAUGGAUACCUUUACUUGGGCUCCUUCAGAUCUCCUUUUCUUUGCAAGCUUAACCUUGAGCUCCUUUAACCAACCACAAAGAAAUCUAAUGCUACUGCUCUAGGAAUUGUCCUGCUCAAAUAUUUUAGUGGUCUCAGUAUCCGAGGUGUUCCUUUACCCAUAGUCAUGGAAAUGCAUCUACCAAUAUUCAGCAUCAUCCCUUUACAGAGUAGUAGGGGAAUACUACAGUACUCUGCUCAUUUCUUAGUUUUCCAUGGUAGGAUCUUUUCAUCUUGGUUUACUUUUUUAAAGGCGAGUGCAUGAGAUGGUGGCUUUGGGAAUUCAGGUAACAGAAUUCUCUCAUCCAAGAAUAUCUGCUUGUGUGGCAGUUCUCUAGGGAAGUUUGAAUUCUUUUAUAUACUUAAACAGUUUAAGGAACUUAUUUCUGCUACUAGUUCUGUUCUUCCAUCCUUAGCUUUGCUACCUGUGAAAUAGGAUUAAUAACUACAUUGGGAGGGGAUGAUUUGAUAUACACAGAAAGAACCUAUGGAAAGUUAAGAGUUACAUUAUAAAGAUUUAUGCUUGAACACUGAUUGCAACAAUCCAAAAGGCACCCUCUGCACAGCUGAAGUGUUUUGUUUUGCUAGGCUUUUAGGUAGUUAAAGCUUUGCCUCUUGAGGGGCACUAAAGGCUUUUAGGAUACCUCAGUUCCUUUCAACUAUAUAAAGGUUAGGUGCUGCAAGAAGGUUCUCUGGUGAAAGUCAAUUUAUUUCAAUAACAACCAAGAGUCAAUACCAAUGUCUCUUUCUAAAAACUACCUAUUAUAAUUUCACCUAACAGAUUCAUUCCAACAGUGAUUUCUUUAGAACAUGAUUUGUUUGCCUUUAUAUUGUUUCCACCUGCAGACAUGGUUGAAAUCACUAUGUUCCAAUGUCAUGUUUGCAUUGCUUACCACUUUGACAAGUAGUUGUCUUUUAAAUUAAUGGCAAAGUACAGGAAUAAGAACUAUGUAAUAAUGAAUAUAUUAAAUUUGCUUUUCUGCUAUUUGACUUUUUUGACUGUGUCACCCAGAAAAUUAUUUUAUUAUAGAGUGUAAUUAUUAUAACAAUGUCUGAGAAUUAAGUUCUGCACAUUAUUAUCAGGAGGCCAGUUUUCAGUUAACAUAUUUUUAUUUAGGAGGGAAAUGUUAGAUUUAGUAUGGAAUUAAUAGUUACAGUGCUACUUGAAGAGAAGAGUACUAUCUUCCAUGGGAAAUUGUGGUAUAUUUCAAGAGGCAGCCCAGUUUAGAAGAAUUGCUUGAAAUCAUUUGCUUUUCCUCCCCAUGGACUUAAUUCUUUGUGGCCCUGUAGCUAGCUAUGUUGCUUUUCUAUUCUUUCUUUCUCCAAAGCCUUCCAAUUAUAAACAUGUAUUAGGGAAAUUGCUGAAGUGCUUUGGAGAAAGAUACUAUUUUAAAUAGAAUGUGGCUUUCAAGUUUGACAAUUUAAAUAGCUGUAUUUUUCACUUAGACUAUAUGUACUAAUUGAGCGGAUACUACUGAAAAACGACUGAACAACAAACAAUAUGUACUGAUUGGGCAGCUAUGUGGUGCAGUGGAUAGAGUGUCAGAACUGGAGGCAGGAAGACUCAUCUUCUGGAGUUGAAAUCUGGCCUUAGACACUUCUUAGCUGUGUGACUGGGCAAGUCAUUUAACCCUGCUGUAGAAAGAAAUGGCAAACCACUCCAGUAUCUUUGCUGAGAAAUGGGGUUAGGAAUAGUCAGACAUGACUGAAAAUUAUUGAACAACAACAAAUAAGUACUAAUUAUAUCACUGUCUAGCUUUUUUUUUUUAAACUGGGCUGCCCUCAUAUUGAAUAUACCCUUAGGCGACUAUGAUGUAGGGUUAUAAUGUUAAUCCAUUAUGUUGAAUUGCUCAUGUACUGUCUUCUUUAUGUAAGGAAAGCUGAUGGGAAAUUGAGGUAGGUAAAAUCCUAUCUUCUCUCCAUGAAGCUAUAUAAUGUAGCAUAUAAUUAAUAUUGACUGUUGAACUUUUGAGUGUUCAGUGCAUAGAGGAAUGUUUAUUUCAAUUUAGCAUUUCUUAUGUGACAGGUACUGUAUAAAACAAUUAACAGUCCUUGUGCAUCAUGAAAUCACAAACCCUUUUUAAAAAAUUGCAAAACAACAAUUUAAUAGUAGCAUGUUAAAUCACUAUCUUAUUUAUGCUUAAGGGCUAACUUUUUAGUGUAGCAAAUUACUUUUACCUUUGUCAAUUUCUAGCAUCCUACAUAGAUGAUGAAGAUCUAUGUUUUUCAGGCCUUAAUUUUCACAAAUAUUAAUAAGCCUAGGAAUGCUGGUAUUCACCAUUUUUUGAAAAGGAGUCCCAGUUUUGCCACAGAUAUUUAUUUGCAGUAUCUCUUUCAUGCUGAAGAUGCUAUUUCCUGUGCUUUAUUUAGAAAUUUGGAAUGGGUGGAAAAAGCCAAAAAAUCUUUAGUAGGUUUGAACAUGACUGUUUUUAUGUGUAUAUUGUACCAAAAGGAUUUGUUUUUACUGUAACUUUACAGUUAAUUAGCUUUAAUGUAAUCCAGUGCUUGAGUCUCUUUAUGAAGACAGUAGUGGCCAGAGAAUUUUCUAUGGGUCAGAGACUUCAGUUUUGAGAUACUGCACAUUUUAGGAUAGAUAUUCUAUUCAUCUUGUAAAACUAAGGAAGGUGAGGAAAUAGUUGAGUGAAAAACAAAGUCAGUAAUUGAUAUUGUUUCUUGAAUUGAAGCCAUGAAAUUUAGUUAAGCUGAUUUCAGGCCCUAUACCCCCAUUAACUGCCAAACUGAGUAAUAUCAAAAUGUAUACUACCAGUGUUGUAAUUUUAUAAGGACCCUAAAAGUCAUCUAGUUUCAUGAUCUCCAGUAGAAUUUUCCCAAAAGUCAUAUCCAAAUUUAUAAAUUAGGGGAGUCACAACUUUGUAUAUGCCUACAUUUUUUUAUAUGCUUACAGGCAUUGCAGUCUAUCAUCAAGUAAUUUUCAAGUUACCUGGUUGUUUAUACCUGGCAAAAUUUCUUCCUCUCUUCUGGCAACCCCCUUUUCUCUGAAUUUUUGUUUUCUUUUUACAUAGUUAGGGGAAUAUGAAGGCCAUUAGCUUUUUGCCCCUGUGAAGAACGUUUUUGGUAAAACAGCUGUCCCUUUAAUCUAAGCCUGGAGGGUCUUCCCCUCCCAUUUGUUUUUUGAAUAGGUAAAAGAGGCCAUUUUUAUCUUCAUUUCUUACCAAGUCUUAAUCACUGAAUGGACAUUGCCUCAAACUGAAAACUGGGAAAGACCUUAGAUUAAAAAGGCCAAGGUCUCUCACUGUAUCUUGGGCCCUCCAGUUGUCUUGAUCUAUGUCUUGCCACUGGACCCAGAUGGCUCUGGAGGAGACAGUGAGGAUGGUGACUUUGCACAGCCCUCUCUCACUUAAAUCCAAAUCAUUUGCAAGUCAUGGCAUCUCCUUCCCGAUGUCAUGGUCCUCCUCAAGAAUGAAGGACAAACAACGAACAAAAAGGCAGUGAGGAUCGAGUGCUAGACUUGGAGUCAGGAAGCCUUGGGUUCAAAUCCCAAUUCUCACACUUGUGAAGUGUGUAACAAUGGGCAAGUCACUUAGUCAUGCUGAGGCUCAGUUACCUGAUCCGUAAAUGAGGAUAAUACCUAUGGAACCUAUCUCACAGGGCUGUUGUGAGGACUGAGAAGGUACGUAAAGGGCUUCACCAACUUUAAAAUGUGCUGUAUAAUUGUCAAUUGUCAUUAUUACCUGAAAAAUCUCCACAAAGGGUUUCAUAUCUUGGUAACACAUGGUAACAUUUCACAACUGUACUACUUAGGAGUUUUCCUAAUACAAAACUUAAACUCCUCCCACUGCAGUUUAAGCAUAAUGCUUUUUGCAUCAACCUUUUGCAAGAACAGCUGCUUGCCAUCAUUCACACACUGUCUCUUCAUACAUAUUUGAAGAUUGUGAUUAAUUCUCUUCCUUCCCCUCCCCCAAAUAUUUUCUCAUUUCUGGGAGAAAUAAACCUUUUUUGCUUUAGUAUUUCCUCAUAAUGUCUCUUUUCGUUUAAACCUUUAAUUGCUUUCUGGUUGAUUUCCUUUGGAUCCCUUUUGGGGUUCCCAUAUUAUCUUUCUGUUUGUACUUCCAUUUUUAGAAAGGAAUAAUAAAUAGGCAUAUAUUAGAACAAAUGUCUGUUACUUAUAGGAUGAACUCUUUGUGGAAAAACUAGCUAAUUGAAACUGAGCCUUUACUUUUAUUAUAAUCAUCGUGUGUGAAAUGAUUAAAAAAGACUUGAAGUAUCUCUGAUUUUAACCAAAUGCCAAAAUAUCAUUUCUCUAGUGGAAAGUUGGCAAUAUCAUCUUCCAGUGGUUUUCCAAAGGAUAGACAUUUGGACUUAUAUUUUCAAAGCAUUCUUGAUAAGGGCCAGUCAGUGUAGUAUUGUCAAAAGAGCAAUGGAUUAGGGAUCGGGGGUCUGGGUUCUAGUAACAUCACUGCCACUAACUAGCUGUAUAGCUUUUCGCAAGUCGCUCUUCUUUGGACCUCAGUUCUCUCAUGUACAAAAAUGAGGGGAUUUGAUUCCAUAAAUCUCUGAAGUCUUUCCCAUCUCUAACAUUCUAUGAUUCUGUGAGGCAGGUUUGGAUAGAUGGCCUUAUUAUAAUUUAAUUUUUAAGGACAUACUGUCACGAUUACCUUAUUAGUCAUCCACAGUAAGAAGAGCAGAUUUGACUAAUAUUAAGCUUUAGUUUGGUUUGGGACCAGACGGGCGAGCACAUUCCCAAAUCUUGGAUUGACUUCAGACAAUUUUAGGGAUCUUGAAAUUCAGAAUGAUGCAGUGUCCUCCUUAUUCUAGUUUCCCUCUUCCUGAACUGAGCCAGAACCAGACUGGCUUCUGAGAAUAGGGAAAAAGAAGAGUCACUUUCUGGGGGUUUUCUUCUCUGUGCUUGCUAUAAAUUUUUGUCUUUCAGCAUAAGGCUAGGUUAUGGAGUGGCAAGUUUAUGGUUGUAUAUUUUGUUCUCAUUACUAAUUUUUUUUAACAGCUAUUUUGGAUGAGGCAAAUCAAGUGAAUCUACUGGUCCUUGGCUUUCUUACAUAAUUCUUCACAGUUAAGAUAAGCUAAUCUUAGCUGUUCCCUCAGGGUAGUGGAAGCCAGUCCUUAAGUAUCUAUAUCCUGAAUGAUCAAUCAAUUUUGACUAGAGUGUUUCAACUCCAUGUUGUGAUGGUUAUACAACCCAAUUGUUGUGCCCUCUAGAUGUUAUUUGAAAUGUUAUAUGCUCCUGUUAAUAGUGAGAUAAUUUAAAAUAUUAAAACUGUGUAGCUUCUGAUAGUUCUAGUAUUGUACCAUCUCCUAAAAUCAUGUCAUCCAAUAAAGUUAAAGGCCAUUGGGAUAAUUA